UUGAUGAGCUAAUGUGAAGAAAAUAAAGUAUUUAACGAGAGCUCUUUUGGCUAGCAGAGCUGAAACAUGAUUUACAUUUUUGACGCACGGAUAUGGCGCCUAAAAAGCUUCACGACUACGUCUCAAGAGACAAGAAGCCCUCUCCCCUGGGAAAGUCCAUCUUUGCUAGUCUUCGAGUGGUAGAUGUAUUCUGGCAAUAUCAUCUCCUCAGCCGUGGCUGGGGCCUCGAGUUCAUCAAAACGCUCGGUGGCCACCCGGUGAGCUUUAGCCAGGUCUGGAGCCAUGCUGGAAAUCAUCUCCAGCCCUACUACUGCCUGAUAUGGCUCCUGUCCUUCGGGAGUACGCUUAAGCAACUCGCCACGAUAGUGCUCAUCACGGAGCAAGCAUUCCCAGUCUCCACUGCGCUCUUUGUCCCGGCAUUCAAUACCCUUUGCAACAGCGCCAACACGCUUUUGUCUCUCUGGGCUCUGGCGUCCCCGGCCCCUGAAUCCGAUAGCAUCAUGGACAUUCUGCAAAAGCCCGUGCUGGUUAUUGGGCUGGGGCUAUAUGUUAUCGGGAUCCUCACGGAAGCCGUGUCCGAGUUCCAGCGCAAAUCCUUCAAACAGGAUCCAGCCAACAAGGGCAAGCCUUAUGGAGGAGGACUGUUCUCGCUCGCUACCAAUAUCAACUAUGGCGGGUACACUCUGUGGCGCGCCGGAUACGCUUUGGUAGCAGGUGGUUGGCCGUGGGGUAUCCUCACGUUUGGAUUCUUCUUCAAUGACUUUGCCUCGCGUGGUGUGCCUGUCAUGGACGAGUACUUGGUUGGAAGGUAUGGCGAAGCCUAUACAGAGAUCAAGGCCCGGGUGAAAUAUUCUCUUUUCCCUGGUAUUUAUUAGCAGUUGCAAUCGGUAUUUAUUUGGGGAUGGUUUAAACUUGAUGAAUGGUGAAGGAGAUCCAGGCA